AUGACUAAAACACAUAUGGAAACCGUUACUCAAACUCUCGUCAAUUUCGAGAAUGACAAAAUGGUAAGCGCUUCAAGGCUGGUUUGGGUUAUAUAGUUAUAGAUUUGGUCUUGAAGGGAGGGGUCGGGUAGGGUAAUUUGUUUAGGGAAGACAGUUAAAGAAAGGAGGGCUUCUCAGGAGGAGGUUCUGGAUUUAAAAAGUUUUUUUUUUGUUUAUACAAAAGGGUGGUUUUACUUACAAACCUUAUCUUUGAACCUUCCAAACCCUAAAACAAACAAUUUUUUGCAACUCUAACCAGUCCACUUUCUUUCAGCGCAAAGCCCGUCCUUCUCGUCAAGCUCUUCAACGUCAUAUCAGUCUAAUUCAAACAAAACGCCAGAUUCAAAGCCGUCUGUCACUACUAAAACAAGUCCUGAUUCAGGAAGAGUUUGAGGACAAAGUGUUCAGGUUGAAUAAUACUCCAGAUGACACUUCUGAUGACGAACAGACAUCGUCAAGCAGCUCCAGUGAUUCUGGUUCAGAUUCCUCUUCUGACAGCGAUGACGAUGACUUUGGACCUCGUUACAGUUUAGUUAAACGGCCAAGACUCUCGAUUAUGUCAUCAAGGAAGAAGUCCAAGAAGUAA